AUGCUCACCCAGAACCCAUUAUUUCUUCUGUACAUUGUCAUCCUAAGCGUUGAGACCAUCUAUGGUGUAUCUACAAAUGCCUUCAUCAUAUUUUUCAUUUGCUAUUAUUAUGGACUGGACAAAAGCGCCAGUAACAAAGUGAUCUUGGCUUUGAGUAUCGCCAAUGUCUUAUAUGCCAGCAUAUCAUACAUAAACGUCAUGCUGGUCUAUAUCAAACCCAUUAUUUUUCAGAAUACCUCCAUCACUCCAACCGUCUUUGUUUUUGGCAUGUUCCUCAUCACCUCCUCCUCCUGGCUUACUGUCUGCUUGUGUGUCUUCUACUUCAUGAAGAUCCAAACAUUUCGCUCUGACUUCCUAUCUCGGCUGAAGACAAAGGUCAGCUCUGCUAUCCCUUGGAUGAUCUUAAUGGCUGAGCUUUUAUCUGCUGUUUCUGCUUCAUUCAACAUACUAGAGUUUCUUGAAAAUGGUGACUCUGCUAAGAACUUGUCCUUGGUCCAGCUAGACAUGGUGAAGGCAUCAUCUACUGGGAUAUUUCCAAACAAUUUGUACAUCUCUUUCGUUAGCAGUUGCCUUCCAUUUCUCAUUAGUGUGGUGACAACAGGGGCCACCAUUUGGUCCCUGAAAAAGCACAGCAAUAAGAUGGAGAAAAGCCACACAAAGUCUUCUGCUGGUGUCAAUGUGAAAGCUUACGAAAGAACAAUCCGCCACAUGAUGCGACUUCUGAUUUUUUAUGGGAUUUUUUAUGUCAUCUUGUUUCUUUUUUACUUUAACCUCUUCCCUGCAUUCACCACCGGGUUUUGGGUCUUUCUGAUGGUGACAUUUCUUUAUGCUCCAGUUCAAUCAACUCUUCUGAUUUUUGCAAACACCAAACUCAAGAAAGCCUGGAUGAAGAUCUUCCACUGCAAGGUGACAUCCUCUCAGGAGGAAGAAAGCGGCAGUGGUUAG